AUGUCCACUGCCCGGGCUGCUUCGGUCCAAACCCCCUGGCUAGCAGUGGAGGUGGAGCAAAGCCCUGACCUGAAGAUGCACAUCACCCAGAUUGAUGCCAUGGUCAAGGAGAUGCUCCAGAAAGUCAGAAUUCCUUUCUGGGCGGUGGAGGAGACUCAAGAAGCCUGGGUGGAGGGUGCUCAGUCUCAAGACACUGCACACAAUCAGGAUGAGAAUGGAGGAGAUAAGAGGUGGUGUCCCAAGAUGGUAAGAUAUCAGGGUGUUGUCAUCCCCCAAACUGUUAAGUUGGGGUGUAUUUUUGUCUAUUGACCUGACUGACAACUUUGGGUGUAAUCUUGAACACUUGGUUACAGAAUGUUGUCAGUGA